UGCGGGUGACGUCAUUUCCCCAUGACAACGAAAGAGGAAGCGCUCGCCGCGGCUCGUCCGUGUCAAUGUGGGUCGGAGAGAGAGAGACCAGCGCCGGCGAAGUUAGAGCAACAAUUACAACAAACAAACCGGCGAUCGCUCCGCUGUAGCCCUCUCUACCCCCUCCCCCCCGUCCACCGCGUAUCGCCCCCCAAAAAAAAAACAAGGAAAAGGGGGGAAAUUAAAACAAAAAGACCCUAAAAGUUUCUCGGCGGCGCCGCUGGCUCGCUCGCUUCUGUGACAGACAUGGGGAGGAAAUCGAACAAGGCGAAGGAGAAGAAGCAGAAGCGUCUGGAGGAGAGGGCGGCCAUGGACGCCGUGUGCGCCAAGGUGGAGGCAGCCAACAAGCUCGAAGACCCCCUAACUGCCUUUCCCGUGUUUAAGAAAUACGAUAGAAAUGGGCUGGACCUGACGAUCGAGUGCAGGCGGGUCUCGGCGCUGAGCUCGGACACGCUGGAGUGGGCCUACGAGCUGACCCGGAGCAACAUGCAGGCGCUGUACGAGCAGAGUGAGUGGGGCUGGAAGGAGCGGGAGAAGAGAGAGGAGAUGAGGGACGACCGGGCCUGGUACCUCCUGGCGCGGGACGGCAGCGCCGCGCCCGUGGCCUUCUCCCACUUCCGCUUCGACGUGGAGUGUGGGGACGAGGUCCUGUACUGCUACGAGGUGCAGCUGGAGAGCCGAGUGCGGAGGAAAGGCCUGGGGAAGUUCCUCAUCCAGAUCCUGCAGCUCAUUGCCAACAGCACACAGAUGAAGAAGGUGGUGUUAACAGUAUUCAAACACAAUCACGGUGCUUACCAGUUCUUCAGGGAAGCGUUACAGUUCGAGAUUGACGAGACCUCCCCCAGCAUGUCCGGCUGCUGUGGCGAUGACUGCUCCUAUGAGAUUCUGAGCCGGAGAACAAAGUUCGGGGAGGGCGUCCAGCACGCGCACAGUGGGGGACACUGUGGGGGCUGCUGCCAUUGAGGGAGGGGGCACCCUCCCCCCCGCCUUCCCAAACACCCCCCCCGUCGUAUCCCAGUCCUUUCUUAAGUGCCCCUGUCUGUGUUUCUUUCUUAACCCCACCUCUUCCAGCAGAAGUUUUUAAUGGGUGCCCCUUGGGGUAAAGACCCGCACAGCCCUACAUCCUGCACCCCCUCCUGUCACCUCAGCGGAACGCCACGCCCCCCGAGAGAGAGAGAGAGAGAGAGAGAGAGGGAGCGCACGGCUCCGCUCGAACCCCCCGGCGCCUUGUCCCAUCGGAAACCCGUCGGCGUGGGCCGAGCCCGACCGGAUGCCAGUCGACUGGUCCUCCUCCCCUCCCCCACCCGUUGGGCCCCGUUGAGUCGAGAGCCGAUCCAGCUGAGUGUCGGGGGGGCCCGGUGGCGGGUUCCUCCGGGGGAAAUUCCCAGGGCUGUGUUAGCUGGGAAGCAUUCCCAAGGAGUGACCAGAUCCCUCUCUGGCUUGAGGUGGGUCACCCUCACAGCCGGUGAAGGAGCACAUCCUCUUCCUCGCUGCCGAUGUGGGAUUCCAGCGCGUCGGUAGUGGAGAGCUGGGUUUCCUCCCCUUGUCGGCCAUGACGGGGUCUCCAGUAUUCCUCCUCCUCCCAGAGACCCGCCGGGAGCUCGGCUCGCUUUCCCGCGGGAUGGAGGAUCUGGCCGAAUCCCGGAACACGAAGGCCGGGCAGAAUCGGUUGCCCCCCCCACCUCCUCCUCUAUUGCUCCACAGCGCCGCCCCGGUGGCUGGCCGGCCGGCCGAGGUGCCCACGCAAACUCGCUGCCCGACCUCCGCGGUGAGAGCCCGCGGGAUCCGCCCCCCUGGCCAGCGCAGGUGGGAUUUCUCGGUGAGGGGCGCGUGUGUCCACCGUGUCUGCCCUCUCAGUGGCCCACAACUGUCUUCAGUUCUAAAAGGUCUGGACGGGCUUCAUUGGGUCCUUUCCAUCUCCGAUGCCUCUGGGACUUUUCAAGGCACUUUUGAGCACGAGUGAAAUCUGCCCACCUCGAGUGCCGACGUCUUCACUAAAAUAUUCAGAUGGCCACCCAUCCCUGAAAUUUGAAAUGAAAGUUUUCCUUUAAGCCAGACACGGGGAUCUAGAGGAGUAGUGGUGGGUUACCCCGAAACAGACCAGUUGCUUACAGGUUUCCCAGUCCUGGUUCUGAGAACCCGGGUGUCUGUGCAGCCGAGCUCUCGAUUGCUUGAUUUCACCUUUUAUUGAAUUCCUGGUUUGACCACGAGUCUAAAUGUUUUGGGUUUCUGAAGUGACAGAGGUUCCUAAGUGACGUAGGUUCUCAUGAGUAACCGAGAGCUCGGCAGUUCAGCUGGUGCCUGAAAGGCCAGCGGACGCCGGGCACUGGGGACCCCAAAACUGGGCUGUGCUGAGUCCCGUUAUUGUCCCGUGGGACAUGAGAUGCCUCUCAGCUCCGUGAUGCUGUCCUGUUACUACGAAACUUUAAAAACGGGUGAUGGGCAAACGAGAGAGGUGAUGCUUUCAGUAAAGGGAUCAGGGCUUCUGUGAAAAUGCGAAAAUCGGUAGGAACAAAAGUUUUUAAUUUCCGUCCUCUUGUUAUAACGUGCUUAUUCCCCUCCCUCCCCCUGUCGUUUUUAUAUAGCUGAGCACGGCUCUCCUUGUAUAUAUUCUGUCUUCAUUAGUUACCCUGAACCUUUUAGGUGAAAAACGAAGAAGGUUUCAAAGAUGAAACUGAUAUUGUGCUUUUUAGUUGAUAACGAAGGGAAACAUCCAAUUUCAGCUUUGUAAUUGUUUUAUUUGUAUGUUACAAAUAAAAAGAAACUUGAUGAACUUCUAAAAUA